GCGCCCAACCGAGAGCUGGAUCCGACGAGGGCUCCGCUAGGGGCUUGUUGGGGUUUGGGGGCUGUAUGGCGCUGCCAGGAGGAAAUAAAGAUAACAUUAGAGCCGGUUGCAAAAAAUGUGGCUAUCCAGGCCACCUUACAUUUGAAUGUCGAAACUUUCUCCGGGUGGACCCAAAAAGAGACAUCGUUUUAGAUGUCAGCAGUACAAGCAGUGAAGACAGUGAAGAGGAGGAAUUGGGUAAGCUGCAGGCUGCACAAGAAAAAAAGAAUAUUGCUGAGGAAGAAGAUAAGAAAAAGGCUAAAAAGAAAAGCAAAGAAAAAUCAAAAGUGAAGAAAGCAAGGAAGAGAUCGUAUCCAUCAAGUGCCUCAGAAGAUGAUGAGACCAAGUCAAAAAAACAGAAAUACCAUAAGAAGGAAAAGAAGGAGAAAAAGAGCAAAUCUAAAAAAAGAAAACAUCACAAAAAGGAGAAGAAAAAGAGAAAAAAGGGAAGAUAUUCCUCUUCUGAUAGUUCAGACUCUUCUAGCAGUGAUUGAGAAGCAAAGCUAAACUAAUUUUAGUUUUUUUGUGACAUUUGAAGAGUUCACGGAAUGAGUUGGCAGGGUGGAUCUGUCCCUACCUUCCUACCCCCAAACAGCCUGCCGUUUGUCCUGAACCUCAUUAGGAGAUCCGCAUUAGCAAACUGUGCCACAGGAUAGGGUACUGCAGGGACAAAGGAGAAUCUGUUAUUCUUGCCUCUUUCUCCUCCUGCUGCUUGCAACUUCCAUCAGUGGAACAGAAAGGGAAAGGUGAUUUUUACUCCAUGUCCCCUUCUCACUGUAGCACUCCACCUUGAGGCCGUUUUUUUGUGAGGCUGUCCUGAUCUUCAGAUAGGCAUUGGGGGGACAAAUGAUAGGCUGUUCCGGGAAGAUAAAGGGGUUUAAAGAUCUGCUCUGCCAGCUCCUUCCAUGAAUUCUUUUGCUGGAUCAGAUCCUAUGUUUAGUUUUCUAUGAAGCUGCCAAGUUAAAAAUAUAUAUAUUUUUUUACUUGAACACCCCACCUCUAUUUAUACGUUUUCUUUUAUUAAAUUAAACAUUUUAGAAAUCUACAGAGACUGAUUCCCCCCUCUGCAUUGUAGCUGUUCUGUUCAUACUUUAUUUUUUUCAAAGGGAAGUGGUUUCUUUUCUUAAGGGUUCACUUGAAAUGUCUAUGUCUGCCUUCUGUUUAUAUACAGGAUAUAUUAAUGCUAAUAUCAGGGAGUUCUAUCAUUAGUUAUUUAUGCUUGUGCUAGAAUUUCAAGAAAACAAACCAGUGGAAACAGAUGACAUAUAAGGCUUUUAGCAUAGACAUUAAUUACUCAGUAAAAUAGGAUACAGACUAUCAUCUUGAGCCAGUAUGAUUGCAUUUAGAUCUUGACAUUUUUGAAGUGUGGAGUCCCCUACUUGACACAACACUGUAGUGAUAAGGAUCCAGAGCAGGGUAGUUUCUUAUAGUACGGUUGAGUCUGUGGGUUUGGGAAGGACCUUAGAGAGCCCUGGUGUGUAUGCGCAACUCCACCCUCUCCCCCCAUGUGCACACACCAUACCUCUUUGAAUCAGGACCUGUGUGGUUGUUUGUGCGUUAAGAGAGAGAGGAUUUUUGAAGUAGAAAUAGAGACCGUGUUUUCUAGACUGAACUGAUAACAUGCUUUUAAGCACGCAAUGAUGUUUUUCCCUAAUGCAAAGAAUCUUUCUGAGGUCCUGGACUAAGAUGAAAGCUAUCUCCCUUCAAUGCAAAUUUCCUAUUUCCUUCUUUUUUUCCCCUUGCCAUUACAACUAAUACUUGUCAGAUGAUAGACUCAUAAUAGUUCAUGUAUAUUUUGUUGGCUCAAAUAAGUAAAUAUACAAAAAUACUUUCUGUCUCCUUGAAGAUGGUUCUGCUAAAUGAUGGUUCUACUAAAUGAUUAUUCUGUAGUACCGGUAGUUUUAAUAAAUAAGGUUAAAAUGA